AUGGCUUUCGGCACAAUUUACGGGUUCGCUGACAAUCCUCGCACCACUGCGUGCCGGAUAGCAGCCAAGGCUAACAACCUCGACGUCAAACUCGUUGAGAAGACAUCUGUUAAGUCUGCUGAGUAUGAGAAAUUAAAUGCUCUGAACAAGAUCCCCACUUUCGUGGGCGCCAAUGACUACGUCUUGACUGAGUGCAUUGCCAUUGCUAUUUACCUCGCAUCCCAAAAUGAGAAGACCACCCUUCUAGGCAAGACGAAGCAAGACUAUGCUUCGAUCCUUCGCUGGAUGUCGUUCGCCAACAGUGAACUUGUCCCUACUCUUGGUGGUUGGUUCCGUCCUCUUGUUGGACGUGACCCAUACAACAAGGCCUCUGUUGAGGCUAGUUCCAAGGCUGCUCUAAAGGCCUUUGCCCUUCUCGAGAAGCACCUUACCACUAACACCUAUCUGGUUGGCGAACGUCUCACUCUAGCUGACCUCUUUGCCGCUUCGAUGGCUUCUCGUGGCUUUGAAUUUGUUCUUGGCAAGACCUGGCGCUUGGAUAACCCAGCUGUCACUAGAUGGUAUGAGACCGUUGUUAACCAGGACGUUUACGAGGCUGUUGUCCCCAAUCCAACUUUUGUUGAGGAGGGCUUGAAGAACGUUCCCCCCAAGAAAGUAGAGAAGGCACAACCUCCGCCGCCUGCUGAAGAGGAGCCGAAACCGGCUCCAAAGCCUAAACACCCUCUCGACGCCCUCGGCAAGCCAACCAUGAUCCUUGACGAUUGGAAGCGCAAGUACUCCAACGAGGACACCCGAUCAGUAGCUAUGCCAUGGUUCUGGGAACACUACAAACCAGACGAAUAUUCCUUGUGGAAGAUUGAGUACAAGUACCCUAAGGAGCUCAAGUUGACCUUUAUGUCAAGCAACUUAGUUGGCGGUUUCUUUACCCGUCUCGAGGCCUCCCGCAAGUACGUCUUCGGCGCUGUCUCUGUCUACGGAAAGAAUAAUGACAACGCAAUCAUGGGUGCCUUUCUCAUCCGCGGCCAAGAGGCUGCCCCUGCUUUUGAUGUCGCUCCUGACUGGGAAAGCUACACUUUCACCAAGCUGGAUUCCAACAACCCGGAGGACCGCAAGUUUGUCGAGGACCAGUGGGCCCAAGACGUUUCCAUCACUAUUAAUGGCACGGAAUACCCCAAUGCUGAUGGUCGUGUCUGCAAAUAA